GUGUCUCCCGGUGACGCAGCCCCGGGUGGAGAACGUGGUGCGGCGGCGGCGACGGUACGCCCCUCCGCCGCCCGCGAGAGAACGUGCGGUGCAGCGGGAGGCGGCGACGACGCCGGACCUGGAGCGGCUGGCGGGCGCCUAGAAGCAGGACGCUGGCGCCGGCGAGGAAGUAGGUUCCGGGCGCGGCGCUCAACAAAGAGUGGGGCCGCCCCCCUCAGGCGGAGCUGCGGGCAGAGGCUCCAUGUUGGGAAGCGGCGCCGCUCGUCCUUGUUAGCGGGAAUCGGGGCGCCGCGGGCAGAGCCGGCGGGAGCCGGGCCCUGAGCGAAGAUGGAGGCCCCUCUGCGGCCUGGCGCGGACAUCCUGAGGCGGAACCCGCAGCAGGACUACGAGCUCGUUCAGAGGGUCGGCAGCGGCACCUACGGGGACGUCUAUAAGGCCAGAAAUAUACAUACGGGAGAGCUGGCUGCAGUAAAAAUUAUCAAAUUGGAGCCUGGAGAUGAUUUUUCUUUGAUUCAACAAGAGAUAUUUAUGGUUAAAGAAUGUAAGCAUUGCAACAUUGUUGCCUACUUCGGGAGCUAUCUCAGUCGGGAAAAACUAUGGAUUUGUAUGGAAUACUGUGGUGGCGGAUCACUUCAAGAUAUUUACCAUGUUACAGGACCAUUAUCAGAAUUGCAAAUAGCCUAUGUAUGCAGAGAAACUUUACAGGGUCUUGCCUAUUUGCAUACUAAAGGCAAAAUGCAUAGAGAUAUCAAGGGUGCAAAUAUUUUAUUGACAGAUCAUGGUGAUGUAAAAUUAGCUGACUUUGGUGUGGCUGCAAAAAUAACAGCUACCAUUGCCAAGAGAAAAUCUUUCAUUGGAACCCCUUAUUGGAUGGCCCCAGAAGUUGCAGCAGUAGAAAAGAAUGGUGGCUACAACCAACUCUGUGAUAUCUGGGCAGUAGGAAUAACAGCAAUUGAACUUGGAGAGCUUCAGCCACCUAUGUUUGAUCUUCAUCCCAUGAGGGCCCUCUUCUUAAUGUCAAAAAGUAAUUUUCAGCCUCCGAAACUAAAGGACAAAACAAAAUGGUCAUCAACAUUCCAUAAUUUUGUCAAAAUAGCACUAACCAAAAACCCCAAAAAAAGACCAACCGCUGAAAGACUUCUGACUCAUACAUUUGUAGGACAGCCAGGUCUCUCUAGGGCCCUAGCAGUUGAACUGUUGGACAAAGUGAAUAAUCCAGACAACCAUGCACAUUACACCGAAGGAGAUGAUGAUGACUUUGAGCCCCAUGCAAUCAUUCGUCAUACCAUUAGAUCUACAAACAGGAAUGCCAGAGCUGAACGGACAGCUUCAGAAAUAAAUUUUGACAAAUUACAAUUUGAACCUCCUCUGAGAAAAGAAACAGAAGCACGGGAUGAAAUGGGAGUGUCUUCAGACCCAAACUUUCUGUUACGGUGGAAUCCUUUUGUUGAUGGUGCAAAUACUGGCAAAUCAACCUCAAAACGUGCAAUACCACCUCCCCUACCUCCUAAGCCAAGGAUAAACAAUUACCCUGAAGACAACCUCCCAGAUGAAGAAAAAUCAUCAACUGUAAAACGUUGUCCUGAUUCAGAGAACAGAGCUCCCCAACUUCUCAGAAGACAGAGUAGCCCAAGUUGUGGUCCUGUAGCUGAGACUUCCUCUAUUGGUAUGGCUAGCAGUAUCAGCAGGCCUGGAGUGCAUACAGCUAGAUACUGUGAUCUCGGAAAUGGUGAUGGUAUUUCAAAACUGAUGAGUGAAAACACCGAAGGAUCAGCGCAAGCACCGCAGUUACCACGAAAAAAGGACAAGCGAGAUUUCCCUAAACCAGUAAUCAAUGGCCUCCCACCCACCCCAAAAGUGCUGAUGGGAGCAUGUUUUUCCAAAGUUUUUGAUGGCUGUCCUUUGAAAAUAAAUUGUGCAACAUCCUGGAUACAUCCUGAUACAAAAGAUCAGUACAUUAUUUUUGGAACUGAAGAUGGUAUUUAUACAUUGAAUCUCAAUGAACUACACGAGGCAACGAUGGAACAGUUAUUUCCACGGAAAUGUACUUGGCUCUAUGUCAUCAAUAAUACUUUAAUGUCAUUGUCAGGAAAAACCUUUCAACUCUACUCUCAUAAUCUUAUAGCUUUGUUUGAACAAGCCAAAAAACCAGGACUAGCUGCCCAUAUUCAGACUCAUAGGUUUCCAGACCGCAUACUACCAAGAAAGUUCGCUUUAACAACAAAGAUUCCUGAUACAAAAGGCUGCCACAAAUGUUGCAUAGUCAGAAACCCUUACACAGGACAUAAAUACCUCUGUGGAGCUUUACAGUCUGGAAUUGUUUUACUUCAGUGGUAUGAGCCAAUGCAGAAAUUCAUGUUAAUAAAGCACUUUGAUUUUCCUUUGCCAAGUCCUUUGAAUGUUUUUGAAAUGCUGGUAAUACCAGAACAGGAAUACCCUAUGGUCUGUGUAGCUAUUAGCAAGGGCACCGAAUUAAAUCAGGUAGUUCAGUUUGAGACAAUCAAUUUGAACUCUGCAUCUUCAUGGUUUACAGAAAUUGGUGGAGGCAGCCAACAGUUAGAUUCCAUUCAUGUAACACAGUUGGAGAGAGAUACUGUUUUGGUGUGUUUAGACAAAUUUGUAAAAAUUGUAAAUCUACAAGGAAAACUAAAAUCAAGUAAGAAACUGGCCUCUGAGCUGAGCUUUGAUUUUCGCAUUGAAUCUGUAGUAUGCCUUCAAGACAGUGUGUUGGCUUUCUGGAAACAUGGAAUGCAGGGUAAAAGCUUCAAAUCAGAUGAGGUUACCCAGGAGAUUUCAGAUGAAACAAGAGUUUUCCGUUUAUUAGGGUCAGACAGGGUUGUUGUUUUGGAAAGUAGGCCAACAGAAAAUCCUACUGCACACAGCAAUCUUUACAUCUUGGCUGGACAUGAAAAUAGUUACUAAGCAACAGAAAUUGGUCUCAAAUGACAGGAAAAUGAAUACACUCCAUUGAAAGCAAAAAUAUCUUAAGGAAAUUCAGUACAAACUACACUAUGAUUUGCUUUAAUUGUUAUGGGUUAUAUCUCAAAUGAUCUGUACUUUAAGGUAGAAUUCAAUAUUUUCUGUAGCUGGAAACAGCUAUUCUAUCUCUUGCCACUAUGUGGUGGUUUUAUCAAGUUUGCUUAAUAAAAGCUAUGAGACAAAUAGUCCUCUAGUUCCAGGAAACACAGUCUUUUAAAAAAAAAAUGUAACAAGGAUGCCAUGAUAUUUUUAGAUAACAACUCGUGAUUAUCUUCAGAGAGAUAAAUUUAGUGACAGUUUUCUCAUUUUAUACCAUGUUUUAUUCCUUCUUAAUGAACAUAAUUUGAUAAAGAAAUUAUCAGGUAAACCUUUCACUUUUACAUUGGCCAUUCUGUAUGUUUUUGUAAAAUAGAAUAUUUAAUCCUUAUUUAUUAAUCUCUUGCUGGAGUGGUGUAAUGUAUCUAACUUUUAGCAAAGGAAGGUUGCAGAGCAGCUUAAAUUUUUUUAUAAUAUAUAAAAAUUUUGUUUACCUUUUAAGACUAGUACUUUGAGGGUUUAAAGGCUGUGUUUGGAGGUUCAAUACAUACAUGCAAUAUUAUUUAACACAAGUAUUUUGUAAUAUAAUAUCAUCCAGAAUUGCCUUACAGGAGAGUUUUGUGUUUUCAACUACAUAUAAUUGUAGGGGGUCAUACAGAAGAUAAUGAUGAUGGUUGAAAUAUUGUUAGAAGAAGUGUGUAUUUCUAGAUGUGACUACCGUGUGUAUGUAUUCUUGACAAGCAGUAUAAUAUACCUGUGAUUUUUUUUUACAUUAGGGAUAAUGCAUAAGAAAUUAAUUUUCAUAUAUAUUAUCAUCCCUAGUGUAGGGGGGAAAAGUGUUUAACUGCCCAUGAUAUGUAUUUUACUUAUACUAUACCAGAGGGGAAACUGUAAAGCAACUACAUGUGUAUUCUUGGGUUUUUCACAUAUAGAGAUCUUCAUUUUGAGUAGGUUUAAAAAAAAAUCUUUAAAUGAAAAAUUCCUGAUGGGAUAGUAUAAAUAAGUAUUAUAAAAAUCAGUAUUCUAAAGAUAAGUAAGGAUUGGGCCAUUCUUGAGUUUUCUUCCUUUCUGCUAUUGUUAGUAUUCAGAAUGAAAGCAUCACACUGGUACCUAUUGUCUUAAUGCAUUUAACAGUUAUUGUUGAGAUGAUGAACAAGGGGGUGGCAAGAGCAGACUAUAGAUUCAUUUUCAGCAGUUCCUUGAGAGGAAGACAGUGUAACUAUCUCAUUCGGUCUUUAGCAGUCCUGUAUGGUAGGUAUUAUCAUCAUCUCCUUUUUUUAGAUGAGGAGAUAAGGGGUUAGCAAGGUUAAGAGACUUAACCCAAUUCACACAGCAAGUUAGUGGUUGAGCCAGACCAUGAGUCUUAUGACUCUGUUCUUUUCACUAUGCAAUAUGCAAACAAUAAAAUAUUAUGCAAAUAAGAUAUAUAAAGUAUUGUCCUUUAAAAAUGCUAUGAUUUCAGCAAAUGAGAUAUAUAAAGUAUUGUCCUUUAAAAAUGCUAUGAUUUCAGUAAGUGUGUUGCUGUUUAUUUUGGUGCCUGUUAAAUGGGGCCUCUGGACUGAAGGACACUGGAUACAAUUGAUGGCAGGGGACCAUACUCAAAACAGGAAAUAUUUACAUUCUGGUUACAAAGACCAAUAUCCUCCUCCUCCUCUCUGAAUCCUGGCAGCCAGAUCUUCCCAUCCUAACAAUACUGGAAGAGUCUUCUCUGCGCCAUCUGGUCAGUGCAAGUGGAAAGACCUAAAAAGAUCCUAACAUCAGAAGUGUCCUGGCUAAACUGCCCAGCUGGAUAACUCUACAGUGAAAAUCGUAAUAUGCCCACCACCCCAUGCAUGCAUCCAGAGCUUACAGUUAGUCUUUUAGUCCUAUGCUAUUAAAAAUGAUUAAACAGGGACUUCCCUGGUGGUCCACUGGGUAAUACUCCGCACUCCCAAUGCAGGGGGCCCGGGUUCAAUCCCUGGUCGGGGAACUAGAUCCCACAUGCAUGCCGCAACUAAGAAGCCUGCAUGCCGCAAUGAAUAUCCCACAUGCCACAACUAAGACCCAGUGCAGCCAAAAUAAAUAAAUAAAUAAAUAUUUUAAAAUAAUAAUAAAAAUAAAUAAAAAUGAGUAAACAGCCAGGAGUUAUGAAACAUCUGAGGAAAGCCUCUUACAGGAAAGAGAGAAAACAAUAGGGGAAAAAGCACCUAAUGGAAACAGACUAUGCAGAAUGAGGAAAAUGUCAAAAGAAAAAGUAUCUUUGCAAAGAUGUUGCAACUAUGAAUCAGGAGUAGGAUACUAAAAAAGGAGCUUUUGAAAAAACAGAGCUAUUAGAAAAAAUAUAGCAUAGCUGAAUAAUUCAAUAGAUGAUUUAGAAUAUAAAGUUGAAGAAAUUUCUCAGAAAAUAAAUGAAAAUAUUGGAGAAAAAAAUUAAGAAAAUUAACAGGCCAAGAGGCCCAAUAUACAAUAUCCCAGAGUUCCAAAAAGAACAGAGAAAAUAGGGAAUCAGUAGAGUAUUUCAAGAAAUAUUCUCAGUGCUAAAGAACUUCAGAUUUUAGAUUGAAGGAACACAGUGGAUGAAAAAAAAUCUAUUUGGAAAUUUCAGGCAUGUCAGGGUCAAAGAGAAGAUCUGUUAUGUUUCUGAAGAAAAGGGGCAGGUCAAAUACCAAGGAAUAAGAAUCAGAAUAACUUCAAAUUUCAACAGAAGCAGUGCCUUCAAAAUUCUGAAAGAAAUUUCCAACCUAAAAUUCUGGAUUCAAAUAAACUAUUAAUUGAACCUAAGGUUAUAAUGAAGACAUUUUUAUUUGUACAAGGUCUCACAAACUUUACCUUUCAUAUAGUCUUUCACAAGAAGCUACCAGAGGAUGUGCUUCAUAAAAAUAAGGUCAUAAACCAAGCAAUAUGAAGACAUAGGUGCAAAGACUGGGAUUCAGCAUAGGAGAGAGGUGAAGGAACUCCCCAGAUGAUGAUGAUGAGAUAUGCAAGGAUGACACCACACCAGACAUACAGAACAUAGUGAAGCAUAUCAGAAGCUCCCAGAGAGGCUUCUUCAGAAAGAUUAAAUAAUAAACUACCUUAUGCAUCUCCCAGACCCCAAAAAUCAGAGUGAGGGUCUUGUGAUACUGAAAUGGAGAAGGAGGAAAGGUCAGUGUAAAGGUGUAUUGAGGUCAUUGCUGUGUAGACAAUGGCAGCUUGAUCCACUAGGUCUAUUGUGAACCUCUGUGAUAGUUCCCACAAUUGUCUCCUGAAAGACAAGUGGCUGGACCAUUUAUCUUGACACGCUCCUCAUUAGGUGAGUUGCUGCUGGGACAUUACCUCCUGAAGUACCAAGUUGCAGCUUGUACAUGGGCCAUGUGGGCUCCUUCAGUGUCAGAGAAGGCCCUGAGGCAGAAAGCUGGAAGAGUAGGAGAUAAAUCUGAGCUCUCCCUCUGUGGCUGAAAUCAGACAUGGGUGGAGGGAUUCAAUCAGUGAUGAUAUUAUUUUUUUUUUCUCUAAGAUUUUUUUUGAUGUGGACCAUUUUUAAGGUCUUAAUUGGAUUUGUUACAGCAUUGCUUAGUUUCAUGUUUUGGCUUUUUGGCCACGAGGCGUGUGGGAUCUUAGCUCCCCAACCAGGGAUCGAAUCCUCACUCCCUUGCAUUGGAAGGUGAAGUCUCAACCACUGGACCGCCAGGGAAGUCCCAAUCACUGAUGAUAUUACUUCUAAGCAAAAACUUACCUAAGGUUGAACCAGAUGACUUUACAGGCAAAUUCUAUCAAACAUUUAGAGAAGAGCCAACACCUAUCCUUCUCAAACUCUUCCAAAAUAUAGCAGAGGGAGGAACACUCCCCAACUCAUUCUACGAUGCCACCAUCACCCUGAUACCAAAACCAAAGAUGUCACAAAGAAAGAAGACUACAGGCCAAUAUCACUGAUGAACAUAGAUGCAAAAAUCCUCAACAAAAUACUAGCAAACAGAAUCCAACAGCACAUUAAAAGGAUCAUACACCAUGAUCAAGUGGGGUUUAUCCCAGGAAUGCAAGGAUUCUUCAAUAUAUGCAAAUCAGUCAGUGUGAUAAACCAUAUUAACAAAUUGAAGGAGAAAAACCAUAUGAUCAUCUCAAUCGAUGCAGAGAAAGCUUUUGACAAAAUUCAACAACCAUUUAUGAUAAAACCCUGCAGAAAGUAGGCAUAGAGGGAACUUACCUCAACAUAACAAAGGCCAUAUAUGACAAACCCACAGCCAACAUCAUUCUCAAUGGUGAAAAACUGAAACCAUUUCCUCUAAGAUCAGGAACAAGACAAGGUUGUCCACUCUCACCACUCUUAUUCAACAUAGUUUUGGAAGUUUUAAGCCACAGCAAUCAGAGAAGAAAAAGAAAAGGAAUCCAAGUUAGAAAAGAAGAAGUAAAUCUGUCACUGUUUGCAGAUGACAUGAUACUAUACGUAGAGAAUCCUAAAGAUGCUACCAGAAAACUAGAGCUAAUAAAUGAAUUUGGGAAAGUAGCAGGAUACAAAAUUAAUGCACAGAAAUCACUUGCAUUCCUAUACACUAAUCAUGAAAAAUCUGAAAGAGAAAUUAAGGAAACACUCCCAUUUACCAUUGCAACAAAAAGAAUAAAAUACCUAGGAAUAAACCUACCUAAGGAGACAAAAGACCUGUAUACAGAAAACUAUAAGACAUUGAUGAAAGAAAUUAAAGAUGAUACAAACAGAUGGAGAUAUAUACUAGGUUCUUGGAUUGGAAGAAUCAACAUUGUGAAAAUGACUAUAUUACCCAAAGCAAUCUACAGAUUCAAUGAAAUCCCUAUCAAAUUACCAAUGGCAUUUUUCUCAGAACUAGAACAAAAAAUUUCGCAAUUUGUAUGGAAACACAAAAGACCCCGAGUCGCCAAAGCAAUCUUGAGAAAGAAAAAUGGAGCUGAAAGACUCAGGCUCCUGGACUUCAGAUUGUACUACAAAGCUACAGUAAUCAAGACAGUAUGGUACUGGCACAAAAACAAAUAUAGAUAAGUGAAACAGGAUAGAAAGCCCAGAGAUAAACCCACGCACAUAUGGUCACCUUAUUUUUGAUAAAGGAGGCAAGAAUAUACAAUGGAGAAAAGACAGCCUCUUCAAUAAGUGGUGCUGGAAAAACUCGACAGCUACAUGUAAAAGAAUGAAAUUAGAACACUCCCUAACGCCAUACACAAAAAGAAACUCAAAAUUGAUUAAAGACCUAAAUAUAAGGCCAGACACUAUAAGAGUCUUAGAGGAAAAAAAAGGCAGAACACUCUAUGACAUAAAUCACAGCAAGACCCUUUUUGAUCCACCUCCUAGAGAAAUGGAAAUAAGAACAAAAAUAAACAAAUGGGACCUAAUGAAACUUAAAAGCUUUCGCACAGCAAAAGAAACCAUAAACAAGACGAAAAGACAACCCUCAGAAUGGGAGAAAAUAUUUGCAAAUGAAGCAACUAACAAAAGAUUAAUCUCCAAAAUUUACAAGCAGCUCAUGCAGCUCAAUAUCAAAAAAAAAAAAAUCCAAAAAUGGGCAGAAGACCUAAAUAGACAUGUCUCCAAAGAAGAUACACAGAUUGCCAACAAACACAUGAAAGAAUGCUGAACAUCAUUAAUCAUUAGAGAAAUGCAGAUCAAAACUACAAUGAAGUGUCACCUCACACUGGUCAGAAUGGCCAUCAUCAAAGAAUCUACAAACAAUAAAUACUGGAGAUGGUGUGAAGAAAAAGGCAGCCUCCUGCACUGUUGGUGGGAAUGUAAAUUGAUACAGCCACUAUGGAGAACAGUAUGGAGGUUCCUUAAAAAAGUAAAAAUAGAACUACCAUACGACCCAGCAAUCCCACUACUGGGCGUAUACCCUGAGAAAACCAUAAUUCAAAAAGAGUCAUGUACCACAAUGUUCAUUGCAGCUCUAUUUACAGCAGCCAGGACAUGGAGGCAACCUAAGUGUCCAUCAACAGCUGAAUGGAUAAAGAAGAUGUGGCACAUAUAUACAAUGGAAUAUUACUCAGCCAUAAAAAGAAACGAAAUUGAGUUAUUUGUAGUGAGGUGGAUGGACCUAGAGUCUGUCAUACAGAGUGAAGUAAGUCAGAAAGAGAAAAACACAUACCAUAUGCUAGCAUAUAUGUGGAAUCUAAAAAAAAAAAAAAAAGGUUCUGAAGAACCUAGGGUCAGGACAGGAAUAAAGACGCAGACAUAGAGAAUGCACUUGAGGACACCGGUGCGGGGGGGGAAGGGUAAGCUGAGACGAAGUGAGAGAGUGGCAUGGACAUAUAUACACUACCAAAUGCAAAAUAGAUAGCUAGUGGGAAGCAGCUGCAUAGCACAGGGAGAUCAGCUUGGUGCUUUGUGACCAUCUAGAGGGGUGGGAUAGGAAGGAUUGGAGGGGGACACAAAAGGGAGGAGAUAUGGGGAUAUAUGUAUAUGUAUAGCUAAUUCACUUUGUCAUAAAGCAGAAACUAACACACCAUUGUAAAGCAAUUAUACUCCAAUAAAGAUGUUAAAAAAACAAAACAAAACUUAAGGUUGGUUGAAAUCAAACAAAAAACUGCCAGAUAUUAACUCCAGGAAAGCAAAAUGUUAUAAGAAAGAAAAGGUAAACUGUGACCAGUGGUUGAAUGCCAUAAAAAUGUUAACAGUAAAUAAAAGUCUAAUCAAAAUUACAGCAUAAUUAUAUUGAGAGAGGAUAUGGUGAGGUAAGAAAAAUACCUAAAUCCUCAUCUCUACAGUGGGAAAUCAAUGAAUACCUAAAAAUUAGAAGUCAAGAAGUAGCUUAUUUAGUGACAUGGAAAUAAAAUAAUCUGCUAAAGGAAGGAAAAUGGUUUUUGAAGUAAGUGAGAUGGGGGAAGGGCAUGCUUUUUUUGAUGACAAACCUUUUAGGACUAUUUGGUUAUUUAUGUGUGUGCCUACUUUUUUUUUAAUGUAAAGGAAGACUUUAAUUAAAAGCAUGUUUCUGUUACAUGACAGAAACAAUAUGAACAAACAUACAAGUUCAGCUUUUUAUACUGUACCUUACACAUAGUAGACAUUCAAUAAAUGUUGAUUAUAGCUAAGGUAUGCAUAGUGUGGAAGAAGGCAGAGUAAUUGCAGGGGGAUGGGGAACUGGUUAAGUAAAUCCAGAAGGUCUUGUGAGAGAAAGCAUUUUUUAUCAAGCUCCUUUUUUUUUUUUUUUGGCUAAACCUACUUCCCAGCAUUCUCUCCUAGUACUCCCUGGAACACCAGCACAUAAAGACCAUGAUCAUUCCACCUUCAUUGCUUGACUCAUAAUGGCUCUCCCAUCCUGAAAUUCUUGAUUUUUCACCAAAAAUAAAUCCUUUACUUCACUCAAGGUACUCAGUUUACUUCACUCAAGCUGUAACUUUUACAUGACAUCUCUGUUUAUUUUCUAUUUUCUGUUUUCCAGAAUUUCUACAGCACAUGUAGAUUACACAUCUUGAUGUAAUACUCAGUUGCCACCUACCGGUCAAACCAUUUAACCCUUACCACUUACCUUAGAUAAAUUACUCAACCUGUCUAGGCCUCCAUCUCAUCUGUUGAUUGCAAAUAAUGGCCACUUCAUAUGGUUGUUAGGAGGGUUAAGUGAGAUUGUGAGCAUUAAAGUUUCUUGCUUAUGGUGAGAAAAAAAAAAGCUCCUUUAUUUUUAACCAAAAAGUUCAUUAAAGGCAUAAAGAGUGCAUUUUCAUUCUUUAGUUGUUCCUUUCAGUAUGUCACGCAUUGGUAGACUUACUGUGGGGCUUUUUAAAUUCUGCUUUUUUCAAGUUCCUUACAUGCCUUUUCAUUAGAAAAAUAACUGAUAUCUUGUAUCAAAGGUCCAAGAAACUCUUCCAUACCAAACCUAGCAGCAAGGAUCAUUUUAGGUUUUACUGAGAAUUUCAGAUUGUCCUAAUGGAUCUUACUUAGGAGAAGAAUAAGAAACAUUUGUUAAAAAUCUACUAUAUUGACAUCAGAAAUGAAUCAAAUAUUCUCACUCUCACCACUUGUUAUUCAUUGUACUAGAGUUCCUAGUCAGUUCAAUAAACAAAGAAAACUAAGAAAAAAAUAAAAGAUUAAAAGUUUAGAAAGGAAUAAAAAUGCCAUUAUUUGCAAAUAAACUGUUAGAAAUCGUAAGUGAAUUUGGAAAAGCAGAUGGAUGCACUGUCAACAUAAAAAAUAAUUACAUAUACAUAUACUUGGAAUAAACAAAAUGAAAUUUUACAAGGAUACUAUUUACAGUAUAGAAAACCAUUAAGUAUCUAAGAAAAAUGAGAUGCAAGAUCUCUAUACUUAAAACUAUCACUGAGGACUCCAGGGGCAUGUAUGGAGGAAAGGCCACCUGAGGACACAGCAAGAAGGCAGCCAUCUACAAGCCGAGGAGAGAGGCCUCAAGAGAAACGAACCCUCCUGACACCUUGAUCUCAGACUUGUAGCCUACAGAACUGUGAGACAAUAAAUUUCUGUCCUUUAAAAAAAUAAAUACAGGGCCUCCCUGGUGGCGCAGUGGUUAAGAGUCCGCCUGCCGAUGCAGGGGAUACGGGUUCGUGCCCCGGUCUGGGAGGAUCCCAUAUGCCGCGGAGCGGCUGGGCCCGUGAGCCAUGGCCGAUGGGCCUGCGCAUCCGGAGCCUGUGCUC